GUCGUCGUCGACACGUGGCGACAGACAUGUCCAUGUUGCUCAUCGCGGCCGCCUGUUUGGCCGCGAGCCCGAUUGUAGCUGUGGUCGUGCUCGGGCUCGUAUUCUAUGUCGUCAGCAGGCUCCAACGCCAUCGAAAUAUCGGGUUCUUUCAUCCGUACGCUGCGUCCGGCGGAGGAGGCGAACGUGUGCUGUUCUGUGCUUUGCAAACGUUGCCAGCCUCGUGUACGGCGGUGAUCUUCAUCGGCGAACCCAUCACAACAGAGAAGCUCCUGGCAGACGCACAAAGUCGAUUCAACUUUUCAGCUUCCGAUGUCAAGUGCAAGAUCAAGGUCGUCGAACUGGCGUACCGCACACUCCUCGAAGCCAAGCACUACCCUCGGUUCACCCUCCUCGGCCAGAGCAUUGGGAGCAUGCUGCUUGGCCUAGAAGCGUUUCUUCGAUGUCCCGUCGCCGUUUGGGUCGACACCACUGGAUGUGCUUUCACUUACCCGUUGGCAUGGCUCGGCGGUGCCACCGUCGUGACGUACACCCAUUACCCAACUAUCUCAAUGGACAUGCUCGACGUCGUUGCUCGCCGCGACGUCGCAUUCAACAAUGAUGCCACGGUGGCCAAAAGCUUGACGAAAAGCACUGCGAAGCUCGUGUAUUACCGUUUCUUCGCGGCGUUGUACGGAUUCGUGGGUAGCUUUGCACGAGUUGUGAUGGUCAAUUCUGGGUGGACACUAAACCACAUCAAACAAUUGUGGCGCCAAGCGUCUCCGCUGGUCGUGUACCCUCCAUGUGGGUCCACCUCGUUUCAAGCGUUUCCGCUGUCUGGGCGGCGGCAACUUGCGCUGUCUGUGGCGCAGUUUCGACCGGAGAAGGACCACUCGCUGCAACUUCGCGCGAUGAAGGUGCUGCUAGAGACACACCCAAAGGAAAUGUCGUCAACAUUCAAGGACUUCAAACUGGUUCUCUUGGGCAGCUGUCGCGGCCACGACGACGAAGCACGCGUGAAGGUGUUGCGCCAGGAAUGCGUCGACUUGGGUUUGGGCGACGACCGCGUUCAGUUUGUUGUGAAUGCUCCGUUUUCUGAGCUCAAGUCGUACUUGGCCGAGUCGUCCAUUGGGCUCCAUUCCAUGCGGAACGAGCAUUUUGGCAUCGGGAUCGUCGAGAUGAUGGCGGCUGGACUGGUUGUGAUUGCGCACAAUUCCGGCGGGCCCCGGGAAGACAUCGUCAAGCCUGGUACAGGCUACUUGGCCACGUCGCCAGACGAGUAUGCCACGUACAUGUUUGACAUCCUUUCGCAACCAAAGCUGGCCGACGAUACGCGGCAAGCUGCUCGGAUCGCUGCACGGCGCUUCUCGGACGAGGUCUUUCAGGAACACUUUGCUGCCGCGAUCGCUCCCGUCUUGGAGCUAGCGAGAUAGCGUAGUGCUUCAAAUCACAAGGCGUCUGGUGGUGAACGGUUGAAUGCACCGCAGCGUCGAAAUUCAGUGCGAUAAUUUUUACCAGCGGAUAGAUUGAGAACCACCAAAUGACCUUUGAAAUGUUAAUGUAAUUGGCUUUAAAAUGUGAUCAA